AUGCCUAGUUCUACCAGUUUCGCGUCAAGCUCCCGCAGCCCAUACGCCGGAGUCGCUGCCCCUUCGGUAGCUUCAAGCUAUGCGACCGCGAACGAUUCAUACGGCUCUACCAGACCAGCCGAGCUUGUGCGCAACGAGAGCAUGGCCGACUCUCCCAAAAAUGAGUCGCGAAGAGAUUCCAAGAGAGGUAGCAAAAGUGAGAAGAAGGGUGAACGCCGUCGCACAACAGAUGAUUACAACGACGACCCGAGGAAUGUGGAUCGAAGUGAGCGUGGAUCUCGCGAUUCUAAGAAGUCCUCCAAAUCUGAGAAGAAAGACAAAUCUCGCGCCUACGAUUCUCACGAUGCUUCCUUACUGCAAAACCAAUUUCCAGGCCAAGAUCCAUCUGGCUAUGCAGAGCCAUAUCGCCCGCCAGGGCAAGCAUCCGUGUACUACAACGACAACGGAGAAAGCGUAGGCUAUCAGCCAGGCGUCCGACCGGACGCUCCUAGCAUUGUCUACUCCGCAGACCAAGCUCAUCUCAUGCGGCCCACAACCAACUCCCAACCGCCACCAGAACCGAGCAGUGUUGGGCGGAUCGGGGCCUCGGCGAGUUACUUUGACGGCGAGGGCGGUGCCUACGACACCAUGGAGCCAAAGCGACCCGCGAAGCCCGGCAAGAAGCCGAAGUCAGGAGAGCCGAGCAACCGAGUGUCAGGCUCGCGCCCCAGGCUCGGUAAUUCUGACAGAGUACCGAGCUCAGGCCCGAUGGUUACAGGCGCUCUAGGUGGAAAUGCAGUCGGCGAGGCGGCUGCCUAUUUCUCGGGAGCUCCGAUGACGAGCGGACACGACCCUCGACCUUACCAGACCGCUUCGCCUGAAUCGUUCGUUGAGAAUACCCGUCCGCCCAAGCAAUCAGCCUCCUCCCACGGCCAAUCUUAUAGCUAUGGAGGAGCGGCUGCAGCUGGCGUGGCAGCAAGUGCUGCAGGUGCGUACAUGGCAAGUCAAAGCCAUCAUAGCAACGCUGCCUAUCACCAGUCUGGACCAGACCCGAGUUUUGUUGUUGGUCAGAAUCAAUCCGCAUUUCCUCAAAUGCAAUAUCAGCAUCGCCAUGAGCGUCGUGGGCCGCUUGGCAAAUUCGUCAACUGGUUCAAGGAUCCGGACAGCGUUGCCCAAUUUGAGCAGUACACCGAAGCGAUCGGUGUAUGCAAAUACUGCUUUGACCCCAAUUCUUCCCCGAUGGACGCGCCACGAAAACACCACUAUCACGGCCGCAGAUCUUCUCAGAAGCGUCGCUAUGAAGGCUCAUCCCGAGUAGACAAGAACUCUCGGUACUCAUCGUCUGAUGAUGAGCGGCGCCGAAGUUCUACAUCGAAAAAAAUAAUUGCUGGAGGUCUAGCUGGCCUGGGAGCUGCAAAGAUCGGACAAACACUGUAUGACCAAAAGCACGACUUUGACGACACAUACUCGGUUAGGACUGGUCAGAUCAAUACGGAGAGGCCGGCGAAUCGGAGCAGAGUCAGUUUCCAGGAAGACGACUGGAAACAAAGCGCUUCCCGAGGCGUUAACUUCUCCAAGGAAGAGUUUCGAGAUGAGCGCCGUGGUUCCGAACGAAAGAGCAAGAGCAAGCGAGUUGACGAGAGCUCUGAAAAGCGGCGCACUCGGCGACGGCGCUCAAGUUCGAGCUCUUCUUCUUCAAAUGGCAUUUCCAAGACCGCAGCACUCGGACUCGGUGCAGCAGGCCUUGCAGCUGGCGCUGCUGUGGCCUCCCAACAUCGCAGCCGUAGCCGCUCGCCUUCCAAGAGAAAGAAGGGCUACUACUCCAAGCGCAUUUCUCCCAAGCAUUCGUAUGUCGACCUGAACGAUACGAAGACUGGCACCUUCGGCCUUGGACAAUUCUUCAGCCCGUCGCAGAACGAAAAGAAAGGAAAACACUCCAAGGGCUUCUUCCACUUUUCCAACUCCUCCGGUUCUUCGUCCGACGCAGAUCUGGCGUUCGGGGAAGGCACUGUACGACGAAAGAAUAGCAGAAAAUUCCGCCGCAGCGAUGGCCAGGACGAUUUUGAUGCCGCGACUGCUGCCGCGCUGACAGCUACGGGCAUGGCUUUGGCCUCUGAGUCGGACGGUAAGGGUAGGCGUAAACGAAAUGCUAACGUGCACAGAGACGACCGGGCUCGUCGCGUUGACGGAGCGCCUCGGAUCAAGCUGCAAGAUCAUGAAACAACCACGGAUGCAGAUAACGAUGACGGCUGGUACGAUACCGAUGGCGAAGGCGCUCCUUCGAGUGAUGACGGUGGCCUUCAGUACGGCGGACGGGCUUCAGCCGCCCAAAGCAAAGAGUCUUUGGUAGAAGAAGGUGGCUGGUGGCCAUGGAGCACACCAACGAAGCGACGGAAGGAGCGCCCAUCAAGCUCUUCACACCCCUACACUCCAACAAGAAUCAAUCCAGGCGCUGCCGCCGCACUUGGCGCUGGUGUUGGCGCAGUAGCUGCCGGCAUGAUGUCUUCACAGCAGCCUUCUUCUGGUCGCAGCACUGGUUCGCUUCCACCCAUGCAAGAGAUUGAACCAAUACCGGCCUCUGACUCGAUGAUGUCUGGAGCGAUUGGGCCCUCAAAAACCGCAAGUGGGCAAUACGUGUCUACAACUGGCUCUGUACCAUUGCAGCAACCGCAGCCCAUCGUUCCAAUCGGCUCAUUCCCUGAAGCGAUCACAAAUGAUAUUGCCAAUGACCGCCGGAUCUCUGAGCGCGACUAUAACUCAAGACGCCGCCGACGAGACUCAAGUCCUGCGAAGUUGCCAUCUCGCGGCAGUCAAGUCACAUUCGAUGUACCCUACGACAGAUUCACGGAAACCAGAGAAGAUGAACGUGAGCGUGAACGUCGUGACAAGAAGGAGCGACGCAAGACUUAUGAUUUCUCCGAGAUCGCCAAGGAUGACGAGAAACGAGCUGCUCGCGAAGCUGAGAUAGAAGCUGAAUUGCAGAGGCUCUACGAGGAAGACCGAAAGCGCCGUCCCGAUCGGAAGCGUGCCAAAGAAGAGAGCCGGGGUAGUUAUGACGGUAUCGGUACCGCUGCGGCCGCAGCCAUAGCGGGUGCUGGUAUCGUCGCUGCGUCUGGCCUCAGCCAGAAAUCUCGCGAAAGCUCCAAUGAGCGCGAGCGACCUUCCGGAACUCGCAAAUCAAGCCUCAAGAAAAGCAAGGAUCGUGCGGAUUCUCCAGCCACGGAAAGCCAGCAGGAGCGGAUCGCCAGAAUGGCUGCUCAGCGUGUGCAGUCUGAAUCUCCUGUUGUGGAGCACGACAGCUAUGGAACGUUCUUCGUGCCCAAGGAGAUCGCAGAGCAUGUUGAGGAGCAUAACAUUGCUUCAUCUACCAGAGAUGACCCCGGGGAAGCUCAAGUCGUCGAGAUCGUGCCGGGUGAAAAGAAGAACGAGCUGUUCGAUCCUUUCAACUAUCGCGUAUUCGGGACUCGUGACGACGACGAUCCCCUCGCAUUUCCCUGGGCUGUACCAACACUAGCACUGGUCGAAGCCACACCUCCAGCAAGCAGGCUUGGCAGCCGAGCCACGAGCCCUGCUGUUUCCUCCGCUGCUUCACCAGUCUCUUCGCCUGUCGAAGGUAGAGAGCCUGUGAUGGAAGAAGACCUUGGCGAAAAGCUCGACCGCAAAGGUGCAAAGGUGACUUGGGGCGAUCAUGACACCUAUGUCUACGAGGUUAUGACGCCUGAGGAAGAGCGAACAAAUUUUAUUCCUGAACAGCGUAAGGAGGACCGACCGUCGGCUACCGUACGCAAUGCCGUCGCCGCAGCUGCAGCAGCUGCGGCCGCGGCCGCGGGCAGCAGGAAUCGCGGCAACCGGGAUUUCAGGCCCAGUAACCUCAGUCGCGUGGAAACUCUGCCUGACGAAUACGGAGAACCCGAAAAGCCGUCUACUCGCGAAGUACCACCCGUGGAACAGAUGAGUGCCGAGCAGCGCGAGCAUCUGUCAAAGGGCAAAGGCUUUGCGGACAUGCCGGGCUCAUUUGAUGCACCUCAACACGACACUCCCGUUGUGGAAGUCAGUCUGGAUGAUCUGCUUGAUCGUAGAGCAGGCUACGAGGCCCCAUUGUCCGAGACCAUGAGCGAUCUUGUGGAUAUAACCAAGGUGCCCAAGACCGGCCACGGUUUUGUCGAGGACACGGAGUUGCCGGAAACGCCGCGGGAUGAGCAUCCUUCCCGAGAUGCACGAGAUGUUCCGCAAGUCUCUCCAGAGAUCGUCGACGUGGCGCCCAGAUUGAGUAAAAGCGAGCGACGCCGUAUGGAGCGCGCAGCAUCCCUUGAAGGCACAUCUCAGUACGCACCUGGAACAACCUCAGAGCCGCGUGACCAAGAUUCGGAGGUCUUCGACUACCUUGUGGAUGAUGAAGGCAGGCCGUUGCCGCCUUCCUCGGCCUUGAAUCAUGGCGUUGAGUCAGUCCCCUCCCAGGGUGGGCGUACUGAGCGUGAGCGGGUCCGGCCCACCAACGACGACACCGAAGGCUACGCGAAACCCAAACGAGCCAGUACCUUCGACGACGACUUUGCAUCUGACAAACGCCGGUCAAAGUCCAAAAGCGACUAUGUCUCUGACCCCGAAGACUGGGAGCGCUCGCCCUCGCGCAACAGGGAUCAGCGAUCUGCCAAGUCUGACAUUGGUUCCGGUACCAAAGCCGCUGUCGCUGCAGGUGCCGCCGCAGCGAGCAUGGCUGCCAUUGCCGCCGCAGCGGGUGAAGACGACUUCUAUGCAAAGGAUAAGAAGUCCAAACGCAGAUCGAAGCGCGACAGCGAGAUUUUUAAUGAUGAUGAUGUUGGCUCAGUCGUUAGCAGUCCAGCAACCAAAGCUGACGACAAGAAGGCUCGUCGUCGUUCCAAACGUGAGUCUGAGGUCUGCGAUGACGAUGACACUCGGUCCGUUGCUAGCUCUCCGGCCGACUCCAGCUCCCGAAAGAGCAAGGAUCGCAAAGAUAAAGAUAAAGAUAAAGAGGAGAAGCGCUCGACUGGUAUGUGGGGUAGCAUCUUCGGUGGUCCAAAGAGCGAUAUCAGCACAUCCAGCAAAAAGAGCUCGAAAUCCUCGAAAUCCGAGGGUCGAGCAGAGAGAUCAGAGCAGUCAGACAAGAAGAAACGCCGAUCUAAGAGCUUCGACAUUGAUGACAAUGCCUCCGCCGCCUCCGAGCCUAUGCGCGAUAGCCGCGGCAAUCGCGACUCUACACCCACAGGUGCAGUCCGUGACCCUACCUCCCAAAUGCCGUCCCGCGAUCAAAGCGUCGACGAUGGCUUCGUUUCCGCGAACGAGGGCAGUACGGAAACGCCAGUGAAUGAGUAUAGCGAGAAUCAGUCUUUUUUAGCGGAGCGCCUCGACAUGCCACACAAGCGACCAACGGAUACACCAAUGGCCACUACUGAUGAUGGUGUCUCGGGGCAGACAGUCACUACCGAAAGACAGACGCCCUCAUCUGGCGAAACAGAAAUAACGCCGAUAACGCAAGCACGCCGUGUCUCGUUGUUAAGGACGGCCGAUCUGGGAGCUACACCUUCUGCAAACAGCCCAACGGCAGUACCAAUAAAUUUCAGGAGGCCCCCGGGUAGUCCAGCGACGCCAAGGGCAUUCUUCAGUAGUCCAGUUGCGAGUCCGCAGAGCCCAUCAACCACCCCGAGAACAAGACAGGGUCGGCCAAAAUCGACUGAAUUCCGGAGCAAGGAAUUUAGGCCGCUCUAUCUUGUUGAGAAGUCGAGGUCGGAGAAGACUCCUCUGCCGGAGGCUGAAGAUAAUCUACCGUCCUUGCCAAGCAGCCGCAGCAGCUCUGCCCAUCCUAGCAUGGAUAAUCUUCGUGCUGCGGCGGAAAAGCAGGACUAUUUUGGCCUCGCGGAUGGGAAGGUGAGCCCCAGAAGCUUUCAAGAGCGCGGACGCCGUCACAGCUACAGCUUAUGGAAUGUUGCGUCGAAACGACCAGAAUCUCCUGACUAUCUUGACAGCAGAGCCGCCACGCCUGUACCAUCAGGCGUGCAAAGAGACAGAGAACUGCGCCAACGCGAAGAACGGGAGGCACGUGAGAAGACCAGGGUUGACCAAGGGAAACCGAAGUACGAAUUCCACAGCCCCAGCGAACUGUUGCAAGAUCCUGCAAGCCUGGCUGAGUUUACGAGCGGCGAUGUUGAAGAAGAAAUUCGAGUGGGUAGUCCUUUGCCCAGUGUCGUAAGCGCCCAAGAUGAUGAUUUCAUGAGCGCGAGAGAGGGCACCCCAAGCGAGAGAAGCCGCAGCAGAUCACGCUCAAGGCCGAGGAGCAGACGUGAUACUGUCACUGCUGGAGGUAUUGGUCUUGGCAUUGGUGCUGCAGCAGCUUUUGGCGUCAACGAGCUCCUGUCUCGGAAAGACAACGACGAGCAUCGCAGUCGUGGUCAUGAUAACAUUGAUCAGGAGGACAUGUACGACAAAGGUGUCCCUCCGCCAGGACCAAGCUUGCCUGCUACGCUUACAGAGCAAGGGUCGGGCGAAGCUGUCAUGGCCUCUACUCAGGAGCAGAGUCGCGAAGUGCAACCUGAUGUGUCCGCUGAAGCAGAUGAGUGGGCUUUCCGGACUGCCGGCAAGAAGUCAAAGAAGGAUAAAAAGAAGGCGAAGGCGAAGCCUGCCAUGGCUGAUGCUGCAACCUUCGAAGCGCCACCAACCGUUCCAUCGGCCGCCGAGGAGCCGCUUACUGCUGAAGAAGUGUCCACUCCGGCUACAUCUACGCCCAUCGCCACCGAUGAAGCAGAUGAAUGGGGGCUUACAUCUAGCAAAAAAUCAAAGAAGAGUAAGAAAGGCAAAAAGAGGGAUGCGCCGUCUGCCAUUGAUGUCACCAAGGCCGAAGCUAAAGAUGAAAAUGAGCAGCGUGAAAAAGACGACGACGAACCUCUGACGGCGGACGAUACCACUCCAGAGUUUCUACCUCAGCCAUUUGAUGAUCACCCGGUCGAGGUAGCCACGCCCGCUGAUGAGCCCACAGGCUUGGAAGAGCACAAUGACAAGGACGCCUUUCCCUUCGAAGCUGGCGAAAUUGCCUCCGCCGACAGAGAGCUGCCGUCCCAGGAUUCACCAUUGUCUACGAUUGAGCGCACAACUUCCUACGUCCCAGCAGCAGAUGAACUCAACAAACAAACCAAUGAUAUCAGCGCCUUCGAAGAAGCGUUCGAGCGAGCUGUUCGUGCGCGGGGACUCAGUCAGAGUAGCAGUCGAGAAGCUGCGCUCGAUGCAUUCUUGCCAACGAGAGACAACCCUCCAUUCGUCCCAGCAGACAGUCUCCCAGCCGUUGGUGAAGAGAGUGGCUCUGGCACACCGAGUAGCACAGAAAAGGCUGGUACAGAUGUAGCCGUUGAGCCAGCAGAUCUGCCGACCAUGGAGGUUGCUCUUGAAGACGACUUUGCUUGGGCCUAUACUUCAAAGAAAGACAAAAAGAAGAAGGCCCAGGCAGCUGCGUCUGUCGAAGAGCCGUUCGCUGAGAGCUCCCGGGGUGAAGACCUCACAGGUGCUCCGGAAGAGGUCGACGUUGGAAAGCCACUUGAACCCGGAGCGGACCCCUUAGAAGGAGGUGAGGAUGAAUUCUCCUGGGUGCCUUCCUCGAAGAAAGAUAAGAAGAAGAAAAGGAAGAGCGGCACAUCGACUCCAGUGGACGUUGCAUCUCUCGUAGAGGAACCAUCAAGCAAAGUCUCCGAGACUGAAGUUGACGCCGCACCGGCUGUUGAGCCCGCAGAGCCCGAGCCGCCUACACCUGCUGCUGAAGAUGAGUUCUCGUGGGCUCCGAUUUCCAAGAAAGACAAGAAGAAAAAGAAAAGGCAGAGUCAAGCCUCCGACUUCUCCGAGCCUACAACGCCCGCUGAGGACGCGCCAACAGGAGCUGCUCGUGAUCUUCCAGUGGUGUCUGCCGAAGAUUCGAAAGAAACGGCGCCGGAUACAUGGGAAGAGCCAACCGCCAAAAAGGGCAAGAAGGGCAAGAAGAACAAACAUCAAUCCUCUGGUUGGACUGACGAUGUUGCUCCAAUUGCUGGUGCCGCUGCUGUGGCUAGCGGGGCUACCCUCGUCGCUUCUGCCUUUGACGAUGACAAGAAGGAAGUCGUCGCCGAACCUGAGAUCCUCCCGAAGUCCGAGACGGAUCACAAUCAAAACGUCCUUGCGGAUGAGCAACGUGACACCGAGCCGGUUGAGCCUUCGACACGCGAGAGUUCUACUGCCGAGGAGGCUGAGACCCUAGCUGAUGACUUCUUCGAGAUGCGUUCCUCUGGCAAGAAGCAAAAGGAUAAGAAGAAGCGGAAGUCCUUGAUCUCUGCGUGGGAGGAUGAACCUGUUGUGACAGAACCUGAGGCUCCUGCAACAGAGAUGGAGAGGUCUGUGCCUGUCGAUACGCCAAGCGAGCCCGUCGAGGCAGCAACACAACAAUCGGGCUCUCCUAAAAUUCCUCCUUCGUCCACGGAAGCGUCUGUCGAAGCUCAGCAGUCGAUCGAACCCGAAGCACCGAAAGAUCUUGGCGAGGAUGACUCGGCUGUACCUGCAAAAAUGUCCAAAAAGGAGAAGCGCAAAUCAAAGAAGAGCGAAAGCAUGGCUCUCAAUGACGAAUCAACCUCUCAAUCCGUGUCACAAAAACGCGAUAUGACCGCGCCCACACCUGUCGAGCCGGUCGAUGAGCAAGAAGCUGUCGAGCAGGCCGAAGCGCUUCGAAAAGCAUCUCCUCAAGAGCACCAUGAUGAUCCUACGCAUCAAGACUUCUUGGCUGGUGCGCACGACAAGUCAACCGAUUUUCCUGCUGCGCCUCCUGAGCAGACUCAACCUCGAGAUUUUCCAGGCCCCGAUACGCUCCCCUCCGUCGUGGCGGCCUAUGAGCCAAGUCAAACGGUUGCGCCAUCUACGCCGCUCGAAAAUGAAAAUGAAGUCCCUGCUGAAGACAAUAUCCUGUUCGUGCCUGCGAAGAAGUCCAAGAAGGAGAAGCGAAAGGAGGCGAAGCGCGGCGCUAUCGUUUCUGAAGAUGCUGACGCCCCUAGUGCUUCUACUAUGGAUGAACCUGUUUCUGACGAAGUCGUGGAGCCUGUGGAGCCGAAGGAGUCAAAACCAGUUGACGAACGUGAGAUCUCUGCAGAAGAUGAUGCUGAACCGGUUGGCGCCUCCGAGCAUACUCCUGCUGAGCAGAAAGUUACCGAUGAAGCCGAAGCCGGCCUCAAGCCUGACUCUACCACGGAAGACUUCGCGCGCACGGCGAUUGAUGAGCCUGAGGAUUUCCCAUGGGCGCCAACGAAGAAGAGCAAGAAAGACAAGAAGAAGGGCAAGCGAGCCUCUCUCGCUCUUGAUGACCAGCCUGCUCCUUCGCCGGCAGUGGAAUCUGCAGAGCUCACCUCGACCAAUACUAUUGCCUCUGGCGCCGCUGCAGCCGCUCUUGGAACUGCUGCAGUUGCUUCCGCGCUUGACUCAGCAUCUGUUACGCCCGCCGAGACACCUGUUCAAGAAGCUGAAGACCUCUCCUGGGCUCCCACCAGGAAGAGCAAGAAGGACAAGAAGAAGCGCAAGAGUGUUACCUGGGCGGAAGAUGAGUCGUCCACGCCACAGACGCAAGACAGCGAUGCUCCAGUAGCCCCAGAAUCGAUACCAGCAUCAGCAAUGAACGAACCUCAACCACCAUCUAGCAUCUUCGCCGAAGAGCUAAUUACCGAGGAGCCUGGCCACCUUGACCCUAACCAGGGUGACAUCAAUGCUCAAGCACUCGCCGAAGGUCAAGAAGAAAUCGAGAAGGUGGGUGACCUGGCCGCAGCUGAACCUGCACCACUCCCUCCGGAUGAUGUGAAAGCAGCUGAAGGGCAAAUGCUGGAGACUCUUAAGCAAGAUCCUGAACAGCCUGAUCCAGCCGAAGCCGAGGAACCCGCCGGGUGGUUUUCGUGGGCCACUGGUAAGAAGGGUAAGAAGGACAAGAAGAAACGUGGUUCCUUGUUCGGGUUUGUUGCACCAGCCGCUGAAGACGCACCACAGUCUGAAGCUGUCGAUGAUUCCAAUGUUGCCGAGUCUGAAGCUGUCAAGAUGGAAGAUGUCGAUACAUUGAAGGCUGAGGUUGUUGACGAGGGGAUUGUCGAGCCUGAAGUUGCUGAGUCUCGUAGUGUUGUGCCUGAUGUCUUCGAAACUGAGACUACCGAACACCAAGUUCUUGACCUAUUGCAAAACGAAGUUGUCGAGACUGGCGUCGAUGCAACAGAGGUCGAAGCUGUGCAGCCCAAAUCUGACAGCGAAGUUCAGCUUACAACUGAAGACGUCAUCGAGGACGACCUUCUAGUCGAUGCGGAGUCGAAGAUCGACCCCUCUGCUCCAUUUAAAGAUGCAGACGAAGCCAGAAUUCAUGCCGAGCCAGGAGCCGAGGAAAUCAGCAGAGAAACUGUGCCUGAACCGGAUUUUCCUGCACCCGCAGACAACACCGAGGCUGCCAUGGAGGACGAGUGGGCCACGCUGUCGAAGAAGAGCAAGAAAGACAAGAAAAAGAAGCGUGCUUCGACUCUCGACUUCGACGAGCCCGAGGUUUCCGAGCCUGCCAGACUUGCUGAAGGUUCCGAAUUCCACGAGGCUGCUGUCGCCACCGGAAUUGAGACGGUGGACGACUUCGACUGGGACCUUGGACUCUCGAAGAAAGAGCGGAAAGCCAAAGAAAAGGAGCUCAAGUUGGCUGGCAAUUGGCCACCGAUGAAAGCUAAGGAAGUUGAGCCUGUGCCGGAUAUUGCCGCCGAGCCAUCGAUCGAGCCCAAGGAUGAGAUCACCACUGAGCCUGCUGUCGAGGCCGCCGUCCAGCCGCCAAAAGAAACACACGAAGUACUCACAAAAGAACUUGGGCCCUCUUCCAGCGAAGCUACUGCGCCUGAGAUGAUCGAAGACCUCGAAUGGGAUCUCGGGCUGUCUAGCAAGGAGCGCAAAAAGAAGCGGAAACAACUCGAGCUUGCCGGAGAAUGGCCACCCAUGAAGAUCAAAGAACCCGAAAGUGAUAUCGUACAAGAAGUAGGCGGAGCUACACCAGCAGCAGAAGCCACGUCCGAACCCUCGGCUCAAGCUGAAAUGGUCGAGGAUCUCGACUGGGAUCUUGGACUGUCGAAGAAGGAACGCAAAGCCAAGGAGAAGCAGCUGAAAUCCGUGGGCAAUUGGCCUCCAAUGAAGCUGAAUGAAACGGUUCCUGAUCAGUCCACUUCGCCAAUUGACGUUGUCCAGCCAGAUUCGACUCAAUUGGACUUCGAUGAUAUGACGAAGGCAGUGCCAGCUUCAACAGAUGUGCUGCCCACAGCAUCUCUUGUGCCAGAAAGCGAUACUCCUCGGGAGCUCCCUCUAGAAUCUGAGCCUGUCGAAGAGCCUACUGCAGAAGACGAAUGGGGCUUCUCUUCCAAGAAGAGCAAGAAAGAAAAAAAGAAAGCCAAGCGAAUGUCUACCUUUUCUGCGUUUGACGAAGCUUCCGGCAUGUCAACGCCCGAUCCUGCGCCUGAAGUUCCAUUGGAUGCUGAGGCUGGCAAGCCUCGCGAAGACACGCUCGCCGAGACCUCAGCUACAGAGACUGCAAUCAAAACUCCUGUGGUCAGUGACCUCGUUGUCGCUGAAGAAGGGACGCCUGCGCCAACUCACGGUGAUAUCGCAAAGCACGAAGAUACGGAAGUGCCGGCAGAUGUCCCAAGAGAGGCCCCUGAUGAUCUACCCGUAGCUAUGUCAGUCGGAACCAUAGUCGCCGAAGAUGAAUGGGCGAUUCCGUCUACCAGCAAGAAAUCGAAGAAAGACAAGAAGAAGCGUUCUUCUACCUUCGAUUGGAACGAACCAACAGAACCCGUGGACACUGAACCGGAAACCAUGACUCAGGACACUACUGUUGAACCCGACCCUAUCGCUGUACUUCCUGACAAUGAGUCCGGGGCGAAGGACGAGCUAUCGGUGGCAGGCCAAGAGAUCGUCCCCGAGACGGAAUCGUUAGCCCGGGAGUUGGCGACUGAAAACCUGGAGUCUUCCCAAGCUGACACUCCAGUGCCAGAAGAUGAAUCGUCUUUGCCAGCAUCGUCGAAGAAAGGCAAGAAGGACAAGAAGAAGAAGAAGCGUGGUUCAACCUUGAUCCUUGACGACCUUGCAGAGCAUGUUGUGGAUGAGAUAGCGCCUGUUGCUGAAGAUUCAGCCGAACUUGCGGCAGAGUCGUUCUCUGAGGCUGCACAAGCAGACACGAAUGAGCAUGCUACACCAAUCGCGGCAGAAGUGCCUUCAGAUAUAGAGGGAGAAUCUUCGCGACAGGUUCAGACCGAGCUUGAACAUGAACCACUUCAACCUGCUCUAGCCGAAGGUGUCGCCGUGUACGAGCCUGCUGCGCAGAUGGUCGAGGAUACUGACUGGGACCUCAGGCUGAACUCGAAACAGCGCAAGAAGAAGGAGAAGGAGUUGCGUAAUUCUGGUAAUUGGCCUCCUAUGAAGGCCGCUGAGCGAGAAAAGCAAGCUGAAGCUAUCGAGCCCGUAUUUGAGCCUAUUCAAGAGCAAGCCUCGGUGUCUGAUCCGUACACUGAGCCAACCAGCGAACCAACACCCGAGGAAACGACUCGGUCGCUCUCCGAGCCGCUGUCAGAGCAACGCGUCGAGCUAAGCACACCUGCAGAGACUGCUGUUUUGCCAAAUCAAGUCACUGAGCCAGUGUCAGCGACAAUUGCGGAGCAUGCGACGGAAACGGUAGAGGUAGAAGAUCCAGACUGGGACUUUGGCUUAAGCUCAAAGCAACGCAAAAAGAAGGAGAAGGAGCUCCGUAGCUCAGGCAAAUGGCCUCCCACGAUGACCAUCGAGCGAGCUGUGACAGCCGAGCCAGCAUCGGAACCAGUUGCGGAAGCCGAGCCAGCAGUCGAGCCCGUUCCAGAGUCUUUACCAGACUCGGCAGUGGCAGCAGAGCCUUCAGCGGUGGCAGCAGAGCCAGAAGCCGACGACUGGGGUUUCUCAAGCAAGAAGUCCAAGAAAGACAAGAAGAAAAAGCGUGGCUCUGCCUUCUCCUGGGACGAUGAGCAAUCUACGUCUGUCGAUGCUUCUGGCGAGGUUACGCCGACUCCUGACGUUGAGACCACUACUGUCGGUGCCGCAACUCUUGCUGCUGGCGCAGCGGCGGCUGUCGCGUCUGCUACUAAGGAUGACGAAGCCUCACGUGACAUCGAGUACCCUGCCGAGCCUGAUCCUGUAGAGGCUGGCUCGGAUGACUGGGCAAUUCCUACGAAAAAGAACACCAAGAAUGACAAGAAGAAGCGCAAAUCCAUCCCUGGGUCAUUCGCUACCGAUUCAGGGAUUGCAACUCCAUCUACGCCAAUGGAGAGUGAGCCUAUCAUAGCAGUUCCACCACCUCCGUCAGAUGAAAGCAAGGAGGUCAAGUCAAGCUUUGGCCGAGAGAAAUCCAUUGACGACGCCCUCGAUGAUGUUCUGCUCAUGGAUACCUUGCAGCGAGACGAAGCAGUCGAUGGCAAGGACCGAUGGGCUUUCGAGGACGAUUUCAUGAGUGGCGAGCCAUCCAAGUUCUCCGCAGAACCUGAAGAUCUUGACACUCAUAUGGAGGAUUCGCCUGCCCUCUUGGAAACGCGGCAGCCAGAAGACCUGCCUGUUGAGCCCGUGACCGUGACCGAGUCUGUACCCAAGCCAGAAGAAUUUGGUUCUUCCAAAGAGGCCGCACCUGACGAUGACUGGGCCUUCAUGACUAGCAAACCGAGCAAGAAGGAAAAGAAGAAGAAACGCCAGUCGACUCUGCAAGAGCCAAGCGCGGAUAUAUCUGCGGAUGUAUCUGCGGUUGCUACUCCGGAGAGAGCUGCUACUCCUCCGUUAGCAGAGCAGGAGUGGGCACAGGAAGCUUCGGGAUCAGCAGAAACUCAAGCGCUGGUGCCCGAGUCUGAGCAAGCGCUAAUCGAUGAUAUGGCCCAGGAUACACAAGAAGCAGUUCCCGAGGACGACUUCUUUACGACCAAGAAAUCAAAGAAGGACAAGAAAAAGAAACGCCAAUCCACCUUUGAUGACGUCCAGCCUGAGUCUUCAAAGGAACCAGAACCUGUGCCAGCUGUGGAUCCCGUGAUUGAUGCAACUCCUGAGCCUACCGGUGAGGCUACCAUAGGAUCUGCACGUCAGAUGGACUCCGAGACCUCCAAAAAUACCGGUUUGGGAGCUGCUGCUCCGGGCGCUGCUGCAGGCGUGGGUGCUGCCGCACUGUCUGGAUCAAAUCAAGCUCAACCUGAGGAUGCGGCCAAAGACGAUGACGCUUGGGGCUUCACGCCGUCCAGAAAGUCAUCUAAGAAAGACAAGAAGAAAAAGAACCGCCAGGCUGAGUUCUAUGAGCCAAUCGAGGAGCCUUCUCGAGAUCUUGGCAUUGAGGAAGAUGCGGCUGCACCAGUCGCUGUACCGCAAGAAGAGAUCUCGGAUGUCCAAGCCCAAGCCCCGCCUAUCGUUGAUCAGCCGGCCGAAGCAGCAAAGCCCGAAGACGAAUGGGACCUUGGCCCGUCUCGGAAGUUGUCGAAAAAGGACAAGAAAAAGAAUCGGCGCGCUGAGCUGUACGAGCCUGUCGAGGAGAUCUCACCAGAUUCACUACAGACAGAUGAGACACGGGCGAGGGACUCCAAGUCGCAGCCUGAACCCGUCGCCGAUGAGGUUCAGCCAAUUGAUGAUUUCGAGCCUGAAGGAACUAGGGAUGUUGAGCAACCGAGCCUCUCGGAGAAAGACAGGAAGAAAAACAGCCAUGCGGAGAUCUAUCAACCUCAAACAGAAGAGGCUGAGCACGUCGAGGUUGAUGAGCCGGCAGUCGCUGAUACUGAGACCGUGGCACAAAGUUCGGCGGCCCCCAUCAUCGAGCCCGCUGGUCCUAGUGAUCCAGCGCUUCAAGCAGACCCUGACGACGUGUGGGGCUUCAAGCCGCAGAGAAAAGCUUCAAAGAAGGAGCGGAAGAAGCAAAAAGAGUCCGACUUCGAUAGCUCUUCGUUCGAGCGACAUCUGGCCCCGGCAGAGGACUCUGCAUCUUUUCAGGCUCCGACGCCGCCACCAGCCUUUGUCGAAGCGGGUCCGGCCGCCGGAGCAUCUCCCCCAUCGCCUCGUAUUGAGGAGGCGGAUAUUCUCAGGGAUUAUGAGGAGCCAUCACCAGGUCUGGCUCGGACGGAUACAUUGCAGGAGGUCGACGAUUGGUAUGCAUCAACGACAAAGCCCAAAAAAGGCAAGAAGAAAGGCGGCAUGCACAGGGCAGAUACGAUAGAUGACAUUGCUAUGAGUUAUGGUGACCCUGUCGCAGGACAGGAAGAGGGCAGCAGAGGCUCAAAGAAGCCAGACACCAUUCAUGAGGAAGAUGAAGGGUUUGUUGUUAGCAGGAAGAAGUCGAAGAAAGAUAAGAAGAAGGGAAAGGUACCUAUCUCGUGGGAAGAGGAGACAUUGGAUGGAGCGAGAAAUGCUCCCAUCACCGAGCCUGAUAAUGCACGAGCAACAAGCCCGGCUCAAGCAUGGUCAGCAACUGCGGCACCUACCGAGCCGCGAGACACCACUAUGCACGACAGUGAUGGCUCUGGUGUGAGCGAAAGCACUCGUGAACGCCGCCGACGUCGACGAUCGCCUCAAGCGUGGACUGGGGAGGAGCCACCUGAUCUACCUCGUGAUCGCGCAACGACGCCCCCACCGGAGCACAACGAGGUCAUGGACACAGCUCUUGGUGUCGCUGCACAUCUGGGUUUCGGAGCCGAUGAGAAAGCAAAUGUGAAGCAAGCGCAGCACAGCUCUGCUGGCACGAAAGAGGAGCCAGGGUGGUCGUUUGCAACAGUUCGACCAUCGAGAGAUGAACUCCAAGAAAUGAACCGUGACAGCGGCGUCCAGUUUGAGUCGCCUGUGGUUGGCAGCGGCCAUGAUUCUGUCAGAGACAGUGGCUACGUGCCCGCUUGGGAGCAAGGCUCGCAACGAGAUUCAUUACGGCCGAUGCGACCACAAUCGCCGACGAGUUCAACUGAAGAUGUGACGAGAGAGAUGGCACCCGAAGGCAGCUUCGAGACUCCGGCAAGACGGCAACCUAGUCCGAUUGAGUCGACAUCCAAGGAUCGCUCGUCAGUCGUCUUCAAGUCAUCUCCCGCUGUGGCACCACCUGGGACACCACACAUCGACACUUCAUUGGCCUACAUGCAGACACCUAGUGAUCUUCGCCGGUCACCGAGCAUACAUGGGCGGCACAAGAGCCGUGAAGAGCUCCGUCAAGCCACCGAAGACCGUCGGCGCUCAACGGGGUCGCCCCUGGCUUCCAACCUGAUCGAUCGAGCCUCAUCUUCGGGAGUGGACCGUUCUGUCUUUUCUCCUCCACCAUCUAGUCACCCUCUGUCACCUCCUCGAUCGCCUCUGCGUGCCAUCCCUGAGCACGACCAAAGCGACAGCCUCACCAAGGGCGCGAUUGUGGCAGGGGUUGGAGCCUUGGGAGCGGCGGCGCUGGCACGUGACUCGACUAGAUCGCUUGCCAAGUCCAAGUCACGGAGCGGAUCUAACCGCAGUCUCCGUGGCAGCAUAAACUCACCUUUCGACAACACCCAGGCCGGCCCGUCGCGUUCUUUUGAUGAGUCCAGCUCCGGCAAAGCUGCCGCCCCAGAACGGGACAUGGCUGACUAUGACGGCUAUGGCCACCACCCCGGUAGUCCCAUGUCGCCGACGCGACCUCCCUCAAUUACGAAGCGCCGGAGCAUGCAGCAAAUCUCAGACCUGCAGGCAAAGAUUGAUCAGCUAGCGGGCGAGAAUAGAAACCUUGCUGAAGCCAAGAUAAUCGCAGAGCGGCACCUGGAGGACUUCAGCAUCAACCAGAACAAGGCUGAAUAUGCAACGCAAGAGGCGCUUCGCACUGCCGAGGCGCAGCUACGCGACCGCGAUGAAGAGAUUGCCAAGCUACAGCACGAGAUCGCGGGCAUGGCUGCGCUGCACGAGGAGCGCGCCUCCUGGCAAGAGAGCACGCGGGAGCUCGAGACCCUGCGAAGCCAGCACCAUGAGCUCUCCAACGGCAUGGACAGCAUCAUACGCCAUGAAAUCGAUGCCGCCAUGAUUGAGAAAAAUGCCGAACUUGAGCGCUUGCAACGCGACCUUGCCGUUGCAAAGGAUAAAAUCCGCGAACUGCAGAGCCAGAUCCUAGCUCAAGGGGCCAGCGGUGGUGACGAUUAUAUUAUCGACGUCAAGGAUGAAGAUUACUUCGACGGUGCGUGUCAGCAGCUCUGCCAGCACGUCCAGCAGUGGGUUCUGCGAUUCAGCAAGUACAGCGACGCGCGCAUGUGCCGGACGACCAACGAAGUCCGCGAUGAGAAGAUCGUGGACCGCUUCGAUAAUGCCAUUCUCGACGGCAGCGAUGUGGACAUCUACCUCGGCGACCGCGUCAAGCGCCGCGAUGUCUUCAUGAGUGUCGUCAUGACCAUGAUCUGGGAGUACGUCUUCACGAGAUACCUCUUCGGCAUGGACCGCGAGCAGCGGCAGAAGCUGAAGCAGCUGGAGAAGAAUCUGGCCGAAGUGGGCCCGGCCUCGGCGGUGAACCGAUGGAGGGCCAUCACCCUGACGAUGCUCAGCAAGCGCGCACAGUUCAAGAGCCAGUGCGAGAACGACACCGAGGCCGUGGCGCUCGAGGUGUUUGCCACGCUGAGCAAGUUCCUGCCGCCUCCCGGUAACGCGGAGGGGCAGAUCGUGGAGAGCCUGCGCGGCGUGAUGCGCAAGGCCGUCAGUCUGAGCGUCGAGAUGCGCUGUCAGCGGCAGGAGUACGUCAUGCUGCCGCCGCUGCAGCCCGAGUACGACACCAAUGGUGACCUCGCCCGGCAGGUGUACUUCAACGCCAGCCUGAUGAACGAACGCUCGGGCGAGACGAGGGACAAUGAGGAGCUGGAGCGCGAGGGCGCCGUCGUGCGCGUCGUGUUGUUCCCACUCGUGGUCUGUAAGACGCUGGUGACGGAAGGCGAGGGGACCGUGGCGCACGAGAGGGAGGAGGAGGUCGUGGUUUGUCCGGCGCAGGUGUUGGUGGCGCGGGAGGGGAGACGGAGUAAGAGUCGGCAGAGUGGGGUCAGUGGUGGGAGGAGUGCGAGUGGGACGCAGAGGGUCGCGAGUAUGGAUGCGAGGAGCACGCAUAGCUUGGGGGCCAUGAGCGGGGUGGAGCCUAGUGGGAAUGGGGGCAUGAUUUGA